UCACCCGCUUCUAACGUAACGGGAGCAGUCUUCGACCGCUUCAUCCAAAUCUGGCUCGAAAACACCGAUUUCGCACGUGCGAACGGUACGAGUGAUUUACAGACCUUGGUUCAGCAGGGUAUCCUGUUGACGAACUACUUUGCCAUUACGCACCCCUCGUUGCCAAACUACGUCUCUGCCGCCGGUGGAGACUACUUUGGUAUCGGUGAUGAUAACUUGCACCAUGUUCCUGCUAAUGUGUCGACCGUCGUCGAUAUCUUGGAGGAACGCGGAAUUUCCUGGGGUGAGUAUCAGGAGGAUAUGCCCUACGCCGGAUACACAAGCUACAACUACGCUAACCCCGCGGAUGGGGGGUAUGUGGAUUAUGUCAGGAAGCACAACCCGCUUGUCAACUACGACUCUGUCGCCAACAACGCCUCCCGGUUGUUGCAGAUUAAGAACCUCACUUCUUUGUAUACCGACUUGAGUGCUUCUACGAUGCCACAGUGGAGUUUCAUCACGCCUAAUAUGAAGAAUGACGGACAUGACACAACCAUCAACUACGCCGCAAACUGGACAAAAACAUUCCUAACCCCGCUGCUCAACGACACACGCUUCAACGCCCCGCGUACACUCAUCGUCCUAACCUUUGACGAGUCCGAAACCUACGCGGACCAAAAUCGCGUAUUUACACUCCUCCUCGGAUCAGCUGUCCCAGAGUCUCUACACGGAACGACGGAUGAUACGGUCUACACUCACUACUCCUCCCUCGCCACCAUCGAGAACAACUGGUCCCUUUACCACCUCGGUCGUGGGGACGUCAAUGCUUCGAUGGCGAAUGUCUUUGAUAUCGUGGCGAGUAAGACGAAUUAUUCGAAUAUCGCUGUGGACGAGAGCUCGAUGCUCAACAACCAAUCCGGGCCUGGGGCUUUGUCGGCAACGAAGUGGGCUCCUAUCCCGAAACCCAACAUGACCACCAUGGGAGCUGGUGGCCGUGGUGUGUUGCCGUCUAUCAAGAGUGUAUGGGGGAAUUAUAGUUUG